GCCGGCGCCUCCUCCGCCUCCGCCUCCGCCUCUCGCCCGCCAGGGAGGCGUCGGGGCCGGGUCGGCGUGGAAGGAGCCCCGCCCGCCCUCCUGCCUCCUCCUCCUCCUCCUCCUGGUCCGGCUCUGGCUCCUCCGACGGCGCGGCGCUGGGGCCGGGGGGCAGCGGGAGCAGCAUGGGCCGGGCAGCCGACGGGCGCCGCCGCUUCUCGCGCAGAACCCCACCAAGAGAUCUCCAGACUUGGCCAUGAAUGGACACGCUGUCCCAUCAGGCGACUCGGGACACCCCGGCGGGUGGAACGAGUUCUGCAAGCAGCACGCCAUCGCUACCGCCAGAGAGCUGGCCAGGGAGUACCUCCAGUUUGUCAGCGAGAACCCCCAGCACGAAGUUUUGGCCGCUGAGAACUUCUCCCUUCAGUUUGCUGACCUCUUCCAGCAAUAUUUCCGCCACGAGGUAAAGGAUACGCAUGGUACGGAGCAGUUCCAUAUCCUGCCAUUCAGCAGAGUGCGGGACUACCGGGAGACGGGCCAGAAACAUGCUGCGGGCUCCUCGGUCACGGUUGGAACCAAAGUCGAGGUGGACUUGUCGGACCAGAUCAACCGGGCCUCUGAGGUCCGCUCGGGUGGACUUCCCAAGUCCUGGAGUUCUGAAGAACUGGCGGCACCCGCCUCUCCGUUGGCUGUCAGGAGGCGUUUUUCUCUGGACCGGCUACGGAGGAGUUGGCGUAGCUUGUUCCGCCGGAGAUCCUCGGAGCCGGGCCCUGGCGAAGGGGAGAUGGCGGACUUGGUUUGGAGAUCUAGCCUGGCCCGAAAGAUCUUCCCGUGGACCAUCUCCAGGGAGUGCUCCUUGCAAGUCCAGAAAGAAGGGAAUCUGAAAUACAUGAUGGUGACGGAGGACAGUGGGACCCGCUGGCAGAAAUGCCGGCUAGUUUUAUACAAGGAAGGGUCUCCGGACUGCCAGAAUUACGCCUUGGCUCUGUUUGAUCCUCCCAAGAGCUCGAGGCCCAAACUGCGUUCCCCUUGCGUGGCCAUCCAAGAGACCCGGGCCUGCACUCGGCUAGAGAUGCCCGACCACCUGCAUACCUUUGUGGUCAAGGUAAACGCGUCCACCGAAAUAAUAUUCCAGGCUAGAGACGAGCAGCAACUGGCCACUUGGAUAACGGAGAUUCAGCAGUACCUGCCCAGGUCGGAAGGAGGCAACCUCGAGGGGAGCCCAGACCCUCAUUCGGAGGCCGGCAUCCCCAGUCCUGUCAACAGCAGCACCGACUCCCUGCACCAAGGGGCCUUGCUCUCCAGGCCCGCCGAGCAGCCGGCCCAGAGGAUCGACCACUACUUGUCCGCCUUCCCCUGGUUCCACGGCCCCAUCUCGCGGGUCAAGGCCGCCCAGCUGGUCCAGCUGCAAGGCCUGGAAGGCCACGGGGUCUUCCUCAUCAGGCAGAGCGAGACCCGCCGGGGGGAAUACGUGCUGACCUUCAACUUCCAAGGCAAAGCCAAGCACCUGCGGCUUUCCCUGACGGAGCGGGGCCAGUGCCGAGUUCAGCACCUGCACUUCUCCUCCAUCCUCGACAUGCUGCACCACUUCCAACACUGCCCCAUCCCCCUGGAGUGCGGCACGGCCUGCAACGUCCAGCUCUCCCGGCAUGUGGUGGUCAUCCCGCCCCUGCAAGCUUCCGGCCACCCGGCCACCUUCCCUCCGUCCGUCCACCACUGCACGCCCGAGGUCAGCUUCGUCCAGCUGAGUCCGGCCGGCUGCUCCCGGAUCCGCCUGGCCGACAACCUUCGCCGCCACUCCGUGGAGCAGAUCUUCCACCUGGUGCCCCCUCCCGAAGAACUGGCCAGCAGCCUCCAGCACAGCCCCAGCACGGCCGCCCCGGGCCCUUCGCCUGCGGCCCGCCAGUGGGACAGUGACUACGAGAUGGACGUGCAAAGCAGGGCGCACCUCCGGGCGGUCAGCAACCAAUACACCUCCCUCUGACACAGCUGGGGGAGAUCCCCCCUCCCCAAUGGCCUUUGCCCAGGACACUGAAUGGCCCUGCCGGAAAACUCUUUCCAGCUGCCUUUUGUAUGCUCUCUUCCGGAUACGACUUUUCCAUCAGGAUCCCUUCGGCCUGUGUGCCCCCCCCCGCCCCCCCCCCCGGUCUCUCAUCGGUUUGCACGUCUUCCUUUUUCCGUUUAGCCUUUUUUUUUUUUUUUUGGUGGUACCUGCGAUGUUUGGAGUGGCCAGUUGGGGUGUCCUACAGCUCCAGAUACCCGAACAAGGCCAGUUAAAGGCAAAUUCCUCUCGUUUGCAAAGCCAGCACUUCCGUUCAGAUCAAAACCAACCCCACUCCCUCCUUCUCUUCCCUUCGUUUCUCCUUCUUUCCUUCCUGUCUCCUUCUCUUCCCUCCCUUUCCCUUCCUCCCUUCUUUCCCUCCCCUCCCUCCCUCCCUCCCUCCUUUUCCUGCCCUCCCCUCUCCCUCCCAUUCUUUUCAUUUCUCCUUCCUUCCCUCCUGCCUUCCGUUUCUUUAAUUUCUCCUUCCUCUCUCCUUCUCUUCCCUCCCUUUCCCUUCCUUCCUUCUUUCCCUCCCUUCCUUCCUUCUGGGUCAAGAUGUCCCAGUCUGGCUGCGAAGGCAUUUCAGAAGCUGCUCCUUCCCUUUAAAAACCCUGAGAAAAAUCGCUUCCACCCCCUUUAAAAUAACU